AUGCCUCGAGGUCAGAAGAGUAAGCUUCGUGCCCGUGAAAAACGCCGCCAGGCUCGAGAAGCGCCCAGUGGUCUGGUGGAAGCUCAGGCCACUGUACCAGAGGAAGAAGAGUCCCCUUCUUCCCCAUCUCCUCAUUUCAAAGAUGUUGCCCAGAGCUCACCUGCCACUGGAACACCCAGCAGUCUUCAAGUGUCUGGAAGAGUCUGCUCCAGCACCACUACUGCUGCAGCUGCUUCAAAGAUAAGAUGUAGUGGAGGUGCCAAAAAUCAAAGGGAGGAAGGGCCAAAAGCCUCGCAGGCCCAGGAUACCACUCAGCAGUGGCAGAAAGGUCCUAUAGAGCAGAAAGUUGCUAUGUUGGUGCAUUACCUUCUGCACAAGUAUCAAAAGAAAGAGCUGGUCACCAAGGCAGAUAUGCUGAAAAAUGUAAUCCAGAUGUACAAGAAUCACUUCUCUGAGAUCCUCAGGAAAGCCUCUCAUCAUGUGGAGCUGGUCUUUGGCCUUGAGCUGAAGGAAGUGGAUCCCUACAGGAAUACUUAUGUUCUUGUCAAUAAACUGGAACUAAGCUGUGAUGCAAAGCUGGGUGAUGAAAGAGAGGUUCCCAAGACAGGUGUGCUGAUGACUGUUUUGGGCGUGAUCUUCACCAAGGGCAACUGCGCCACUGAGGAGCAAGUCUGGGAAGUGCUGAAUAUGAUGGGGUUAUAUGUCGGAAGUAACAACUUCAUCUAUGGGGAGCCGAAGAAGCUCAUCACCAAAGAUUUGGUGCAGGAAGGGUACCUGGAGUACCGCCAGGUGGCCAACAGCGAUCCUCCACGCUAUGAGUUUCUGUGGGGCCCCAGAGCCCAUGCUGAAACCACCAAGAUGAAGGUGCUGGAGUAUGUGGCCAAGAUCCAUGAUACGGUCCCCACUGCCUUUCCAGUCUGGUAUGAAGAGGCUUUGAGAGAUGAGGAAGAGAGAUCCCGAGCCAGAGCUGGAGCCAGAGCUGCAGCCAGAGCUCGUACUGCUGCCCUGGCCAGUGCGCGCUCCGAGGCCAAAGCCAGCAGCUCUUCCCGUCCUAAGUGA